AUUAUCUAUAUUGGGUUUUAAAAUUGUGACUAACGAAAUUCGUGGGCCAGAUUUUUGUAAUUGUGACCGGAAGAAUGGUGGCAACAUUAAAAUUUAAUUUGGGGAUUGAAUUGCCACUGUAUUAGUCACCAUAAAAUUUGAGCGGGAUUAUUUUUAUUUUUAGAGCGCCAUAUAUUAUCCACAAUUAACUCACAUAACCAGCCUCUCCACUAAUUAGGGUUUUGAUUGAAUAUUAAAACAAGAAACAUAAUACUACGUACCCUUAUACAUCAUUCCAUCAACCUCUGAAUCGAAGAACUGGAGCUUCUGCAUAAGUUGCUUGCUGCUGCUGGAUUGAGGUUCUGUUUGUGCUUCUGUUUGACAGGUAACUUUUAUUUCAUUUUUUUGAGUGUUUGUUUUAUGGAUUAUUGAAUGUUCAGAUGAUGAUAGGGUUUGUGAUUGAUCAGAUAUGGAUUUUGAGAUAUAUAAUUGUACGAUUUAUGUUUAUAUGUAGCCAUAUUAUUUGGAAAUAAGUCAAACUGCAAACCAACAAUAUAACCAGUUCUGUUAAGUCCAUUAAAACCAUCAGUUGACCGGUUCGAUAAUGGGUCCGGUUAUCAGUCAUCUGUUAACACGUUAAGUUACAGACCGAAACUGAACACGUGAAGUACAUUCUGUUUUCUGGUUAUCUUUCUGGUCUUUUCCAACAGCGGGAGUCGGUCCACCAUUCCCAUUUAAACAGCCAGCUAGUUCCUUUGACUCAGAUGAGGUGUCGGCAUCCUCGAUCGGAAGCAUCUGUUUUGAUCCCUCUAAAGCCACACCUGGUACAAUGUUUUGAUCCCUCUUUAUUACACUUCUCGUCUGACCCGACCCGAAUGACGACCGACUCGAAAAUUCUAACGUUCGGUUGUGAAAAAUCUUAAGACCUGAAAAAGCGGACCCCGUUGAAAAAAAUCAUGGGUUCGCCACUGUGUGUGAUUUUAAUUUUCAUUAUUUUUUUUAAAUUUUUUAGAUUUUUUUUAUUUUUUAGGAUUUUUUUUAUUUUCUUUAUUUUUUAGAUUUUUUUAGAUUUUUUUGAUUUUUUGUCAUUUUUUUUAAUUUUUAGAGGUUUUUUAUUAUAUUUUUUUAUAUGGAUCGAUCCGAGCCCGAGCUUCACUUAUCGAGCUAGAGCCGAUAAGUAAGUGAGCCCGAGCUCGUUUGGUAAGUGAGCCCGAGCCCGAGCCCGAGCUUCGCUUAUCGAGCUCGAGCCGACUCGCGAGCCUAAACGCGCCAAAUGUUUAUUUAACUUUCCAUUAAUUAUAUUACAUAUAUAUGUAAAAUAUAUUUGAGGUUGUCUUAUCGUUUUAACGCAGCAGCGCCGGCUGCAGAAACACAGCAGCGGCUGCUCCAACUGAACACUUACGAUCAUUAGAUAAUCAAAUUCAAUAGCUGCAAUUUGAUUUGCUUGUAUAGCAUUGAUUUAAAAACUAUAUAAUUCACUUACUGCCUCAUAUUCUUUUUUCUCCAUUUUAUUGUUUACACACCUUAUUUUUAUUAUAAUUAUAUAAUAUUAGUACAUAUAUUUUUAUUCAGCAUGUUAAAAACAUGCUGAAUAAACAUUUGGCGCGCUGCUGCGUAACGCAGGUGUUUAAAACACCACUGUCGCACCUGAUCUUGUUUAUAAAAGGGUGGGGCAUGUAAUAACCUGUUAAAAAAGAGUAUAUUAAAUAAAUUAAGACAAUGACUAAAUUACCCCUUUAUCAAGUUAGUUUUGUUAGAGUGUUAGUCAUUUUGGAUGGAUUUAGCAACUUUUCCGUGGGUUUGGGUUUAGUCUAAACGGGUUCGGGUCAGUUUCAGGUUGAACCCGCGAACCCGUUUAGCUAAAGCGCAGGUCGGGUGUGUUUGAUAACGGAUCAAACGAGUUUGGGUCGAUAUGGGUCAAAAUAGUCAUAGUUAUCAAAAGCGCGCGCUUUUGGAGCAUAGGCGAUUUUUUUGAGCGAAAAGUUAUCAGAUUAUUGAAGUUUUGAGCGAAGGUGUUGUUUCGUUAACCGAAGAACAGGGACAGAAUACCAACCCCAGAGCCAAAAGAAACAAGCCAAACUCGGAAUCAAGAUCCGGUAAUAGGCAACCCAUGUACACCAGCUCCAAAAGUCCCAGCUUUGGGUGUUCAGCAACGAAAACAGCAGAUCCAUGUACAGCUUAACAACGAUCAGCCAUCUUUUAUACCCACCCAGCCUCGGCUGUAUUGAAACCAAGGGUAUAAUAGGAACUCCAACUAGCUGUUACAAAUCUUCUUUAUUCCAAGAAUUAAUUCCUUAUGUGAUGAGGCUCCUAAACUUAUAAUGGAUUUAAGGUCAAGAUGGGUUUUUGUCAAGAUGGAUUUGGGCAUGAUAGGCUAAAAAUAUAUAUAAAUAAAAAAACGAAAAAAUAAAAAAAUCAAAAAAAUAAAAAAAAAUAAAAAAAUAAAAAAACCCAUUCUGACCCGGACCGUUUCAACCCGAACCCUUUCCGACCCGAACCCAUUCCGACCCGAACCCGUUUCGACCUGAACCAAAACAACCCUUUUUGUAAUUGACCCGUUCCGACCCGAACCCGUUUUAAGGGCCCAAAUCCAACUUUCACGUAAUUCUGAUGGGCUAGGAGACUUUCACAGCCCGCGGUAGGUAAGCCCAUGGGUAUCGUGACCCAUGGCGCUACCCAAAACAAUCAAAUCGGCCUAACUAGGAUUUGCGGCACGCAGAAAAGGACACUCAGACCUGUCGCGACGCGCGACAGGCGUCAGUUCUUCAUAUUUUCGUUUGUUUCAUCUUUUGAUCCUUUGUUCGAAUACCCAACACUUGGAUUUCUCGUAUUAUGGAUCGUAAUCUUCAUCUUUUCAGCUACUUACUGCAUCUCGAUAAUCAAAACGCAGCCACUGCUGCUGCUGUGUUUAUGCAGCCGCUGCUGCGUUUAUGCUUUGUAUUCUUAUCCUUAUUGUUGUUUUCACUUAUAUUCUUUUUCUUCCAAUAACAAGUUCACUGCUACACAGAUCAAAUAACCUUUUGUUCUGUCCAGGGGCGGAUCUAUAGCCAAGAAAGGGGUUCCCAGGAACCUGUUCGGUUUGUAAUUUGUAGUGUUAAGUUAAAUAGAAAAAUACUAAAGGAACCCUUUAAUAUUCUUUUGGGGAACCUGUAACAUAAACUGUGUAGUGGACUGCUGGUAAAAGCCAAUUUUGUAUGUAGUUGAUGUCUCAAGUUCGAGCCUACCAAGUUCUUUUUUCCUGUUUUUUGUGGCUUUUUCCUGGUAUUCUACCUUUCAAUGCAUUAUUUAAUGUUUAAAAACAAUAAGUUUCAUGGUGUUUUGCCACUCAACGCAUCAUUUAUCAAGAAACUUAAUGUGUUCAAGAUAAAUGGGAAUUUUGAGAUUUGUUAUAAGCAUUCACUAGUUUUAGAAGAAUUGAAUCUUGGGACUUUCGGCUAUGGUUUUCAAUAUAACAUUUCUUUCAAGAGAAUGAAAGGGUAGAAUGCACAGUUACAGAGGAUCUUCUCCCCAUUUCUUAUGUACAUGAGAAUGGAAGGUCAGAAGAAGUGGAAGAUGUCGACGAUUAUAAUAAUGAUGAAGUUGAGUUUGAAGCCACACAUUUAGCUGAUGAGGGUUUUAACGAUAAUGAUGAAGAAGUUCAGUUUAACAAUGAAAAUUCUGAGAAUGAAGAAUCGAGUGACAGAUAUCAUGGCACGUACUAUGGGUCGAGGUAGUGUUCCAGCUGGUGGUCGAGGUGUUGGGCAAGAUGUUGGUCAAGCUGGUGGACGAGGUAUUGGACGAGGUAGUAGUCAAGGUAGCCAUCUUGCUACUACUCAAGAGGUUUGGCGUUGUGGUGGUCGAGUUUAUAUGCGAGGUGGUGGUCAAGUGGGUGAUCGAGUAGUUGGGCGACGUAGUGGUAUAGGUAGCAGUCAAAGUAGUGGUCAAGCGGGUGAUCGAGGAGUUGGGCGAGGUGGUGGUAUAGGUAACAGUCAAAGUAGUGAUCAAGCGGGUGAUCGUGUAGUUGGGCGAGGUGGUGGUAUAGGUAACAGUCAAAGUAGUGGUCAAGCGGGUGAUCGAGGAGUUGGGCGAGGUGGUGGUAUAGGUAACAAUCAAAGUAGUGGUCAAGCGGGUGAUCGAGGAGUUGGGCAAGGUGGUGUUCAUUCCAGUGAUCGAGGUGUUGGUGAUGUUGAUGUUGAGUAUGAUUUUCACUUGAUGAAUUCUCCUAUUGAGAGUAGCGCUGGUGAUGAUGAGUCUGCUUUUCAUGUUGCUCCCGCGAGGCGGGGAAGCGCUUCCAAGCCCAAGUACCUGAACCUAUCAAUCGCGAUUGGAUUUGGGUUGUAGAAGGAGAAUUUAGUAAUCAAGGGACUGCUACCCGGACUAUUUCAUCAAAUUUAAUAAGUUUGUGGUCCGGUCCAUGGGACAGCUGGAGAGAUGUUCCUAAUGAGCACAGGACACGAUUGUUUGAGCGAUUCCAGAUGUAUUAUCAGUGGGAGGAGAGAAACCAUGCACCAAUUUAUAGGUGCUGGGAGAAGUGCAUUGCUGGUAAAUUCCCCACUUUGUUGCGUAACGUACGGAAGGAGGCUAAAGCUAUGGCGAAACAACAAGGUAAAAAUGUUGGAGAUGAUAUGACCGAUCUUAUUGACUUUAAACCAACAUGGAUAAGAUCUGAGAUAUGGAAACAAAUGCUUGACCACUGGAACACACCUAAGUGGAAAGCAAAGUCUUUAAGAAACAAAGAGAUUAGAAGUAGGGCCACCGGCGGCAAACAUACGCUAGGAUCUCAAUCCUAUGUGACCAUGAAAAGAAAAGCGGAAAGGAAACUUGGGCGUGAAUUGACGAUUCGUGAAGCGUAUAAGCAAUCACACUGCAGGAAAGGAAGUCGACCAUUGGAUAAAGAUCUAAGUUGUAGCAACUCACUAAUUUUGGACGUUGAUUCGGAAGGGGACGCUCAAGAAGAAAAUCUUGUAUGGGUUGAUGCUAGGGCAGAGGAGACUUGGGUUAAAUAUGAAGGUUUUCUUGAGGAGAAGUAUGGGAAAGAACGUAAUAAACAUCCAAAAUUUGACAAAGACUUGUGGUCACGAGCUGAGGGCAAGCAUAAAGGAAAAGGGUACGGGUUAGGCAAUGAUAGUGACCCGUGUGUACAUCGCAGAGAAGACCCUGAGAUUGAAAAGUUGAACUUAGUUAUCAAGGAGCUCGUUAAGGAAAAAGACGAAGAAAAAGAAAGGUUCAACGGAAUUAUUGCGGGGUUGUUGGCUGACAAAGAAAAAGAUAAGGUGGAUAAAGAUGCGUUGCUUGAUAGGAUGUCACAAAUUGAAGCUAUGUUAACAGCUACGGUUCGAAAAUAGGCUAUAAAAACUUGGUUUUGAAUGUUUAGAACACUUGGUUUUGAGUAUUAGGAUAAUUUUAGUUAGUUUAUAUUUUAGUUGGUAUUUUUUAUAUGCUUUUGAAAACAAGAUGUUUUAUAUAAUUUUGGGAUUUUAUUAGACUUUUUUUAUAUUA